CUCGAGUAAUUGCGCCAGUCCAAGUAUUCGUCUCAAUCAACUGAAAACAUGGCCAAACAGAAGAAGAAGGGCCAGGCUGGCCAGGCGAAGAACUAUAUCACUCGAACGCAAGCCGUCCGCAAACUCCAGAUCUCGCUUCCCGACUUCCGAAGACUCUGUAUCUUCAAGGGCAUCUAUCCUCGUGAACCACGAAACAUCAAGAAAGCCAACAAAUCUGCCACUCAUUCGACAACAUUUUACUAUACCAAAGACAUCCAGUAUCUCCUCCACGAACCCCUCCUAGCCAAAUUUCGAGACCAAAAGGCCCUCGACAAAAAGAUUGCAAGAUCACUGGGCCGCAACGAAGUGCAAGAUGCGGUGCGCCUACAAAAGAUUGGCAUGCCCAAGAUCAAGCUUGACCACAUUGUGCGCGAAAGAUACCCUACUUUCAUUGACGCUCUACGUGAUCUCGAUGAUGCAUUGUCCCUCCUUUUCCUAUUUGCCAAUCUUCCGUCCACCACGGCCGUACCUGCAAGAGUCAUUUCCCGGUGCCAACGCCUCUGCCACGAAUUUGAACACUAUCUCAUAACUACACACUCGCUGCGCAAAUCUUUCCUCUCGAUCAAGGGCAUCUACUACCAGGCUACGAUCCAAGGCCAAGACAUCAUGUGGCUUGUUCCGUACAAAUUCGUGCAGAGAGUUACGCAGGAUGUGGACUACCGGAUUAUGGGCACCUUCGUCGAGUUCUACUGCACUCUACUUGGCUUCGUCAAUUAUCGCCUGUACACAUCCGUCGGUCUUGUCUACCCUCCGAAAUUCGACGUAGCCAGCGACGAGAGAGGUGCAGAGUUAGCUGCUUUCACCUUAGAAGGACGUGGCAUCACUGCAACGGCAGAAACACAGGAUGAGCAGAAGACUUUGACCAACGGUCAUUCCCACAAUGGCAACUCCGAAGCUAUACAGGCACAGAUCGAUAAGGCUGCACAGGAAGCAAGCACUGAGGACGAAACUAAGCAAGAUGAGGAGCCGGAAGAUCAACAGGACGCUGGCACGAUUGAUACCUUUACACAAGCCGCACCUGAAGGAGACAUUCUACCACAACCCGACAUGACCGGAGAUGCUGCUACAACAUUAUUCUCGAACUGCACAUUCUUUAUCUCUCGAGAGGCCCCACGCCACCCAGUCGAGUUUUUACUACGAGCUUUUGGAUGUAAGAGAGUCGGUUGGGAUGCCGUUCUCGGAGAGGGUGCAUUCACACAUGAUGAAAAAGAUCCUCGAAUCACACACCAAAUCGUGGACAGACCUACUCCUGCUCAACCCCUUGGCACACUCCAGGGACAAGAAGGCUCGGACAAAGAUCAGAAUCUCCAAGUAGUCAAGCCAGGCUACAUCAUGCCAGGUCGUACCUACGUCCAGCCGCAAUGGGUCUGGGAUUGCGUGAAUGAGGGCAAGCUGUUACCUACAGAUAUCUAUGCACCUGGUGAAACAUUGCCCCCACACCUGAGUCCGUGGAUCAAGCCAACUGGUGGACAGUACGAUCCCAGAGCCACCUUGGAAGAGCAGGAACUCGAAGGCGAAGCUGACGACGCUGUUGAUAACGAUGAGGCUGCGGGUGAUGAAAGUUCCGAGGUAGAGGAGAUCGAGGAAGAUGAGGAUGAAAUAGAUGGCGGCAUGGACAUUGCGGGAUCAGAAGAUGAUGAGGAAGAUGAGGACGAGGAAGAAGAUGAAGAGCUCGAAACUGCUGACGCCUUUGGUGGUUUCGAUGACGCCGCUGAUGAAUCUGGCGAUUCGGAGCUCGGUGACGAAGCACAGUACCAGAAAGAACUCGAGGCUGAGCUCUCGGGCAAACCUGUCCCUGCACCAACGAGUCAAUCCAAAGAGGACGCGCAGAAGACCAAAGCUCGUCAAGCCCGGCAAGCAGCUCAGGCGAAGAAGGAUGAGGAGGUUGAACGGCAAAAAAUGAUGAUGAGUAACAAGAAGAGGAAGUUGUAUGAGAAGAUGCAACACGGAAAUGCCAAACGCGAUCUUGAGGCGGAGAAGUUGCGAGCGAAGAGGAGGAAGUUGGAGCGCGCGGGCAAGCAGAAAGCAUGAAAGUGGUGGGAUCGUUGUUGAAGCAGAUGUGAUGUUGCAUGUUCACUUGUCCAUAGCGAGGCGUUUGAGG